UUAAUGCACACUUCGCAUAUGUUUGUGGAUUUUUAUGGCUCUGUGAAAUUGUGUAGUCGCAAAGUUCUAGAGAGCAUAUCAAAAGCAUUUUACCGCAAAACUAUGAAUUAUGCACACAAAACAUGCAUUCAGUUAUGUAUAUUUAUUGUAUCUUUAUAUUAAUGAUUUGAAAUUUGAUCAAAUUAUAGUGUACUUAUGUUAUGUGUGCCCUGACAUCCCCCUUAAUUACUGUAUACAAAAUGUGGAAUUUUAUUGCAUACCAAAAAUAAACAAUGUCAUAUCUAAAGGUUUUUUUUUCCCAAUGGGUAUCAUACACAAUACUUUGUUACUUAGUAGUGUUUUAAAGAUAACUGUUUCAAUAAAGUGUUAAGUUGACCCCGGUCGUUUAAGUCAUUCAAAAACCAUGCCAAAACGAAGAUAAAAUGAUAGCUAUUGAUUUUAUUAAAACUCCAUGACAGACUGUAGAGCGCCAAAAUACUUCAACUGAAAAUCUUCCUUCUUGUAACAUACAAUUAGAGAUGGCCUUCAUUGGUCACAAUGAUGGGAAACUCAAUGUAUCAGAGGAAGGUACGCCCUCGACAAGAAGGGAGGAUUCGUAUUCUGACGACGAAUUUACAAGCACACCACAAGACUCUAGUGAAGAUGAACAGAAAAACGAGAACAAUGACGAUGAAGAUGAGACUUUUGAUGACAACAAUAAAGAAGACAGAUCUGAAUCUUCUAAUUCAAGGUCACAUCAGUCUGAGCCACGUUUUAAUAAGCAAGCCCAAGUAGCAAGACUUAGUCUAACAGAUGAAGAAGAUUCGAGUCCUAUUAGAAGAUAUGCAGGAGAAAUAGCUUCUACCCCGAGGUCGGGGAUUUUCUCAGGUACCUUGGAACCCGUGAAUGAAGCACAAGCACCCGUUAAUCAGAAAUACUACACAACAAGCAUAAUACCGGCGACACCUCGGAGAAACAUGGAAGGCGUUGUCUACAAUCAGGCAUGGGAGAGAGAGGCAGGAGGGGAAGAAGAUGGUUUUUCUAUAGAAGUACACUCAUCAUCGGAUGAAAGUGGGGAUAGUAUUGUUGAAUGUGUGGAAACAGAGGAGUCCGUCAUUAAUUUGAUUGACACGGACCUAGGAUUUGGAAUUAUAGUUACGCAUCUGGAAACGUAUGAUUUCAAAGACAAUGUACGUUGUCGGCCUUGGUCGCUAGAGCGUAGGAUCGCAGAAGGAGGAGAUAUAACUCUUGGUUUCCAGGAAGUGACGUGUUGUGAUGUCUAUGAAGUUUAUAGUAGAAGUGGGAAAAGUGUACUCAAGUUUGACAUUGAAGAUCUAGAACACAUAACCUUUUCCGUCAAAAUAAAAUAUCUCUUCCGAAACGAAGACGUUUCUUACGUUGCAAAAGUCAAACAAGGUUCCAAAUGGGAAUCCGUACCUGCAAAUCUUAAGGAAGAAAAUGUGACUUUUCGUACGACAGAACUGGAGAGUUUGUACGUGAUCUGCUUCCCUACCCAGAACAGAUACAUAAUCGAACCAAUGGGUCGAGAGAUAAAACCAAAGAAUCUGGGCGGAGACACACUUCAUUUCCCCCAAAAUUUUGUUGACAUGCCGAAAACUGCAUCCAUUCAAUUUUCCUCUGUGGACAAAAAAGGCAUGGACAAGCGCCAUAAACUUUACCCCGAUCUCUUCAAACUGAAGGCCGUAUCACGUAGAGUAUACGUUGAACAUGACAUCUCCAGCUCAAAAGCCAUCACUGCUGAGCUAUCUCUUAAGGUGUUGGGUGAAAAUAUCAACUUGAAAGAUCUGGAGGUUGUUGGAUUUCGAUGGAAAGAUGGCGAUGUGUCCUUGAUGUCAAGAGAAGAAUGCAAGGCUAAGAAAGUCGGAAAUAAUUCCAUUUCUUUACAGACUGACGGUCUUGUAAAUAAAUCUGGAUUUUCUCUCGGGCUUGCAUUACCAGGGUUCACACAAAUUAAUGCAAAUGAAAUAAAGUUGGCUUACCGUGAUGAAUAUAUCUGUCGCUUUUUCAUGCACAUCAGAAAGACGGGGGCUCGAUCCGCUACCGUUUACAUUGACUGUGUUAAACUGGAGGAUAUCAACACAAUUCUAGGUCAUUACUUAACCGUCUUCAAAAUCGGAGAAUCUGACAACUUAUACCUGCGAGAUUUCCAACGCAUCCGUGUAGAUACCACCGGAAGUUCAGUUCGAAGGAGAGACGAAAAUUAUGAAAAAUGUUUUGUGUAUUUUUUUGCUUCAGCUGAGAAAAAUUGUCUCCAGUUUAAAAUCGAGCAGAAUCAAGGCCUGGGUGUAUCACCUUCAACAACUUUUAAGUUUAGUUUGGAUAAUGGACCAUUUAAACGCGUUGUUCAUCAACAAGACUUCGAGCCUUGGUCGAUCGCCAUUGGAGAAAAAACGGAUACUGGACAGAGGAGAAUCGAACAAAUAUCACGCGGAAAUACAAUGUUGAAUAUACAUAUAUCUAAAUCCAAAAGUAAGAAGACAUGAGGAGGAGGAUCGUUUUCUGUGAUAAUGAAGGUGUUUCCGUACCAGGUGACCAAAAACGUUGAAGUCUCACUGGAACUGUAAAAAAUGUGUUUCGAUGUCAUGAUGCAUACUAGUAUUCUGAAAUCCAGCAGUACACUCUUUCACCAAUAGUCCUUUCGAGCAGUUGCAUUACUUUUGUAAAAGCUAAUGUUGGCCUAUCAUUAAAUUCGUAUAUCAGCUGGGAAUGCUGUUUCCUUCUGUAUACUUGACUGGUUCGACCAAAGUGUUUUAUUAUGCACCAGUAAUCAAAGAUUUGGGAACAUAUCGCUUUUACCCUAACUGUCUGUCUGUCUGUUUUUCUGCAACCAUAACUUUUUAUUUGUUGGGGCUGUUCCAAUAUUCACCAUCACUCCAUCGUGCUAUCACAGUCCAUCGUUAUCGCAUUGUCGCAACAUCGACCAUUACUAGUACCUGGUAAGUCGAUUCGCGAUAUGAUGCCAUGGUGUACAGCAUGGUCCAAUCCGGAAUCC